AUGGACCACAUCGAUGGCACCGUCGACAUCCACCUCAAGCGCGACUACGUCCCCUGGCUGCAGAUCGAUGCUUCCAUCAUCUCCUGGCUCUAUGCCACGAUCUCCACCGACGUUCUUCAGGCCAUCAUCAAGCCCCGCGAUUCUGCGUACGGGGCGUGGACCUCCAUCAAGGAGGAGUUCCUCGGCAACGCUCAUCAUCGGGCGACUCAGGCACACCAGGAGUUCCACAGCCACGCUCAGGGAGAUCUCUCCGUCUCGGAGUACUGCUCUCAGCUCAAGCGUCUCGCCGACACGCUGCGCGAUGUCGGCGAGCCGGUCACCGACUCCGGCAUGGUGAUCAACAUGCUCCGUGGCCUCAACCCCAAGUACGGCCAUGUCGUCACCAUGGUGAAUGCCGCCCGCCCGCCGAUGACCUACCUGCAAGCUCGCCGUUUUCUCCUGCAGGAAGAAAGCUGGCUUGCCAACUCCACCAGGCUGGCCACGUCCACCGCUCUCCUCGCCAAGGCCACUGCUGGCGCCUCCGCCGCGCCAUCUGCAUCCGCCAGCCGUCUCCGCCGACUCCGCCUCUGGUGGCCAUUCGGAUCGACCCAAGAAGCACAAGAAGCAGGAUGGCCGCACUCGCCAGAGUGCGGCUCCCUCUAG